CUCAUUAACCUGGUGAAAAGAGUUGGCUGUCAAUUCCCUUUUGCCGUCUUCACAAAGUGGGACGAAUGCUUAAGAAAAGCGCGGGAAAAAGGAGAACACGCCAUAAAAAAUGCGGAACAAAUGGCGAAUGAUUACGAACAGGAGUUCUGCGAAGCGGUUCAAGAGAAAGGCGACGUUUACUUCGUGAACGUCCAAGACUUUGGAAAUCCUGAUGAUAAAUUUCGUCAGUUCGAGGACAAACUGGCCAAGAGUGUAGCAAAGUUAAAGGUAGAGUCACUUACUCAGCAAGCGAAAUCUGUCGCUUUGGAUUCCAGGAAGGUCUGCACAAAGCUAAAAAAUAUGGUCGAGGCCACACAGAGAGAAAAAUUAAAUAGUCUGGGAAAAAAGUUGGAUUUUGUGCAAAAAGACAAGGAGACUACCCGUAAAGCUUUUGAUGACACCGAGA